CGGCCCAAAAUAUUGUUACGUCCGUAGUCGCUAAGAUGGCACCCAUCAUUUCUGAAAUCAACCCCCGUCUCCUCGGGGGAUUAGACCCUGAAAACAGGGAAUUAUGCACCUUAGAAGCAACAGUCGUAACGGGAUUGGAAGAGGUUGCAUGUGAGGAAUGCAAAGAGAAGCUCGGUGCAAAUUGUGUUGUAGCACGAGGGCGAUUAUUCAUAGAUGUAAAUCCAGAACAAGUUCCUGAGGUACUGAAGCUUAGAAGUAUUGACAAUGUGAAUAUUGUUCUCAGUAUGGUGAAGAACUUCAGUUUUCCAUCAGAAAGGGAAAAAUGCUUUGAGCAACUGUACAUGCUAGCAGAGAAGCCUGACUGGAAGAAAGGUAUGGAAGUUUGGAGGAGGACUCUUGGCUACGAAGAGGAGCCAAUUAAGGAAGAGAAGCUAUUGACAGGGGAUUUCUGUCAGCCUAGGCCAGAUGUUGACCUGAAGAUGAUGAAGUCAACAUCCCAAAUAGUAAAUAAUAUUCCAAGAGCUCUUCUGCCCAAACACCUAAAGCUUGAUGAAGAAGGUUUAGCAAAGGAAGAUGAAGUUCAACUGUCUGAGGACAAGGACAGUGUUGAAGAGAAUAAUGAGGUUUCUCAUACACGUGAUUACUGUUUGUCAGGACCAAAGUUCAGAGUAUCAUGCAACAGAACUGGCACACGUCACAUCUUUGGAUCUCCUGAAGCCGCAAGGCAGUUUGGUGCUGGUAUCAAUGAAAAAUUCAACUGGCCAGUUGACCUCAAGAAUUUUGAUCUGGAGGUCAUCCUAUACAUAGAUAAUG